AAUACACAUUAAUUUUCAUAAAGAUAAAAAAAAAAAAGAAAAGGUCAAAGACGUGGAGUGAAGUAGACCCCACUUGUGAUUUGAGCUCUCCCAUAAGAAAAAAAAAAAACCUUCGACCACCGCAUCUCCGUUUCGAUCCGCCGCUGAUUGGGAUUUGGGUUAUGGGGUUGAAGGAAUCGAAGAAUGAUGAUGAAGAGGUUGUUGUUGAUAUAUUGGAAUGCAAUGAUGAUGAGGACACUGAUGAUGAUGAUGAUGUGGGCUCUUCUUCUUGUAGCUCCUCCUUUAGUGGAACUGUUUCUGAACGUGAUGAGAUUGAGGAAACAGCUUGUAAUGAUCAAGAAGCUGACUCCAUCAUGUGUACUGAUCCUUUGUGGGUGAGAAAGAAGAAGCUGACUGAUCACUGGAGGAGGUUUAUACACCCUAUAACGUGGCGAUGCAAGUGGCUUGAACUCAAAGUCAGAGAGCUUCAGAACCAAGCAGGGAAGUACGACAGAGAACUGCAAGAGUCUUGCCAAGCCAAGGAGAUAGAGUUGGAGAAUCUCAGAUCAGAAGAAGUUGGAUCUCUUCUUCAGUGUCGUACUGAGAGAACCAGAGUCAAGAAGAGGAGAAAGAGAAAGCGAGUUGAAGAAGAAGAAGCUUCAGAUGUUUCUUCCUAUGUGUUAAACCAUAAUCUAUUCUCUUAUCACGAAAACCGAAGAUCUUUUGGCGAUGUUGCUCUCAGUGAUAAAAAGAAUAAGAACUCUAAGGAGGAAGAGGCAGUUUUCUGUGAGGAGACAUUGCUUCUUGAGUUUGGGGAAGGUGAUGCGUUCUUGGAACAGAUACUUUUGAAGAUUGAAGCAGUAAAGGUGGAAGCUCUUAACUUGAAGAACAGAGUAGACAAGGUGGUGAAUGAGAAUCCAUGUAGGUUCUCUUUGGAGCAACAAAAGCAGCCCCUGUUGGUUACUAAAAACGAAGAUGAUUCUGAAGAAAAGACAGUUAAGUCUGCUUCAGUUUCUGAAGAUGAUGACGAGACAACAGAUAUCUUAUUGUCUGAAAUGAUGCAAAGGGAAGGGAAAGCUAUUGUUCUUAAUAAGAAGACACAGAAGACAGAACAAGCUUCAGUUGAGGAAGGUCCAUCAAGACCUGUAAGGAACAGGAAGCCACGCAAUCUUGAGGUAAAGGAAGAGACUAAGACAAAGAGACGUAGAGUUUCAAAAGAGAAGCCAAAGUCAAAUGUUACCAAGCGUCCCAACAAGAAGAGAAAGCGAGGGAAAAGAAGGUCAGGCUCUUCUGGAUCAAGAAGAAGAUCCUAAAAUGCUUUGAGAAACUUCAAUAAAACAAGUCUGAUCUUGGGUUUAAUAAUUAAAGUUUUUUUUUUUAACUCUAUAGACAUCCUUAAGCUUUUAAAGUACAGAGAUAGAUCUAUAGAAUUGCAGCUGUUUGAUUCUUGGUGUUAUGAACUCAAUCAUCAUAGCUAUUCAAACUA